UGCAAGAAUAAUAUUGGAAACAAUAAUUUUACAGUAUAAUCCAACUAUUUUGGUUUUAUGCAGGCAUCCCUGGAUCCGUGUAGGAAACACUACCGUCUUGAAGAUUUUAAUAUUUUUUAGCUAUUCUUUUUUUUUGUUAUGUCGUGUCCUUUUAAAUUUCAAGUUCAUUUGUCAGGCUUGAUCUGGUUUCUGACGGGCGACAACUCAGCGUAAGCUAGCUGCAGAGCGUGGAGCCGACUCUACUGCACCACCACACCUCCGAUGAGUAGGCCUAGACAUUGAGACUGGAGGCCUAGCACCAAGAGAGUUCAAAAGCAUCGAUUGAUAGAUACUGGUAAUCAGAAUAGACAACGAGACAUAAUGACUGAGGAGUAUGAUCCUGCAUUUCCUACAGAUGAAGAUGUAGGAAAUGUUCAAGAUGAUGAUGGAAUGUUAGAAAAAGAAGAAAUAUCACAGCAAUCAAGGAAAAAGAAAUUAAUUGAGUGUGUGCUUUCAGAUGCUACUGUUGAUAGCUCAAGUGCAUCCUUACGAGGAACCACCUCACCACCGCCACCACCUCCUCCCCCUCCAAAGCAGAUGUUGGAGCAAUCAACAAGGACUGAUACUGUUAUACCCCCUCCUCCACCCCCUCAACAGCAGAUGGAUCUUUUCAGUGGUUUGCCACCUCCAAAACUUGAUAUCGAUCUUCCUCCACCUCCGCCACCACCCCCUAACAAAAAUGACAAGUAUAAAGUAGGGUUAAUUGACCAGCCGCCACCACCACCUCCCCCUUUACCACGGCGAUUUGAUCCAUAUAAGAAUCUACCUCUGGCUGCUUCUGAUGAGUUAUUACCUCCACCACCACCACCAGGUGAUAAACCAAAAAAUCUUUCAAAAACUAAAGUGAGUUAUUCUCCACCUCCAACUACUUCCUCCUGCCAAGUUGCAGAUUCAUCAUUUGAUUCAACUAAUAUUGCAUUCCUAUCAUCACCCCCUCCCCCUCCCCCUCCACCACAGCAAAGUGUCAAUAAACAAGAAGAUUGGGUCAAGUCCAUAUGUACACUUUUAGCUCCACCACCACCCCCUCCUCCUCCACCUCCAAAAGAAGAGGCUACCACUACUAACAUAAGUAGUUCUUUGGCACCACAUGCAGACUCUAACAUUAAAAACCAGUCAAAGAAAGUAGUGGUAAAGGAAGACAACAUGGGUGAUCUUGAAUCAAAUAGAGUAUUAGUGCCUAAAGAAUGUCCAGAACCUCUAAAGUUAACUAAAUCUUUAGCGGAUUCAAAUACUUUUCAAGAGUGUCACACAACUGUUUUUGCGUCGCAUGUUGUGGAGCAAGAAUCUUUGAAAACUGGAUCAAUCUGGAAAGACUCUGUUGUUGGAAAAAUUGAUAAAGUCGUUAAUAAGAAACCAUCUAGAACAUCCAAAUGGGAUAUUAAACCUCAAUUUCUGCAGAGGAUUGAGGAAAAGCAAAAGAAAGCAGCAGCAGAGAUCCUUCUUCCUAAAACAAGUAUUACAGAGAAUGCGUCACUGUCAGAAUCAUUAGAAGAGAAAAUGUUCCGUGAGCUUGAAAAAGAACUUGUUACAAAGAAAUUAAAAGGAGAUAAAUCUGUUUCUAGUGAGUCUGACAAAAACAAGUCAUUGUCUGAUAAACACCAGAAGAAAGAUCAUGUUCUAGAAAAUAAUUCAUUGGGAGAUUCAAAGAGAAAGCAAGUAGAAUCCAAAAAUAUUGAGUCAGAUGCUAAAUCAAAUAUUGGAAGUGAUGUUAAAAAACAAAAUGAAGUAAUUAGUCCUACAAAACAUAAGAAGAAAAAGAAAGGACUUGAGUUCAAGCCAUUUGUUAUUAAAACGCAAAAAACAGCAGAGCGAAUUGCCACUAGAGGGCCAUUUCAAAUUAAAUCAGAACCCGAGGAUCGUGAUUCAGUUGUAGAAAGCACUUACCUGCCUCCAAAACAUAUGACUGGGAAAAUUCCAUCUAUGAAAUAUAAAGCUAAGCAGAAAGCAGAUUUGUUAGAUACAAUUAAAAGGGAUGCGAAAAAAGAACUUAAAACAACUGCUGAUAAUACCAAGAAAUUUGAAAUUAAAUUAGAAAGCAACAGCUUCUCAAAUUUGGAUUUUAAGCCAUGUGUGAAAAGCCCACUGAAAUUUGAACCAAAUGUUGAUGUAAAAGAUCUAAAAGGAUUUGAAUCAAAUGUUCAUGUAAAAGAUCGUCAGAAAGAUGUGAAAGGAUUUGAACCAAAUGUUGAGUUAAAAGAACUGAAAGGAUUUAAUUUAAAAACCGAGAAUAAACCUGGAACUAAACCAUCAGUGUUGAUAGGUUUCAAAGAAACAAAUGUGAAAAAAAUUGAGCUGGAAAAAAAUGUGAAAAUAGAAGCAGUGGAAACAACAACAUCAUUUGGAAAAGAAUUAUCCGAUUUGAGCUAUGCACAGCUGAUAAUGAAAUCGGAAACUAAUGUCAAGCAUACAAAUAUAAUAAGUUUUCAUUCUGGCUCAUCAGAAAGUAAGUUAAAUAACGUCAAUAAAAUUCAACAUUGUAUUGAUUCAAAAUUUGAUGACAAAAUCUCAAAUAUUAAAAUUGAACCAGAAGAAACUGCAAUUGAACUGAUUGAUGCUAGAAUUAAGCCUGUUGAAACUGGAAAUAAACUGGUUGAUGCUGAAACUAAACCGGUUGACACUGAAACAAAACAGCUUUGUGCUGGAACUAAACCGGUUGAUACUGGAACUAAUAUUGUUGACACUCAAACUAUACCAGUUGACUCUAGAACUAAACAGGUUGAAAUUGGUAGCAAGCCUGUUGAUACCAGGACUGAUCUGAUUGACAUUGAAAUUAAACAAAUGGACUUAAAUAGAUGUAUGACUUCAAAUGAAAUAAGUGGUAAUGUUAUUCCACUUGGCCAGAUCUGUAAAUUGGAACCUGAUGAAGUAAGGACAGAAUGUCUAGGAGGAAAAUCUGAUUUAUUCCCUAUUGCAACAGAAAAACUCUUACCAUUCAGCAACAUUGCACCAGAAAAGUAUCAGAAAAAAGCACCCAAGGAACGAUUUAAAUUUGUGAUCGAUAAGAAAAUUAAGAAUCAAAUUUUACCACUUAAUCCUCUAGCAAUUGAAAAGAAAGCAAGUGUCAAUAAAUUUAUUGAUAAUUCCAGAAAUGUUAAAAAUGAAGGACAUAAAGCAAUACCUCAUGAAAUAGAAUCAGUGACUUCUACAGAAGGCCAUGGUCUUGUGUAUUCUGAAAAAAGUAAAAUCUUGGAGAAAAUACCUUUGCCUGAAAUCCCAAUUGAAGAUACUGAGGCAAGUCAAAAAACCAUAACUGUACAAGAUGUUGAGAUGGAAAAGUUGAUUCCCGUCAGUAUUCCAGCCCAGCAGCAUACCUUAAGUCCUGACACUUUUCCAACACGGCAAGAAUUUGAAAAUACAAUUCCAAAUGUGCAGGCUGAAAAGGGCAGCUCUGUUUACACCAGUGGCACAUCAGUGAGUGAUGGUGAGACAGUGUCCAGCAGUGCUCAUAAUGUAGACAAUGGCAACAAUUUAGAUGCAAUGAUUGAGUCGGAGAAAAAUGAACAUUCAGACCCAAUGAGCGAGCAAGUUUCCUGUAGUCUUCAUGAGGUAGAUAUAAGUAAACAUUCAGAUGCAGUGAUGGAACCAGUGUCUUGCAGUGCUCGUAAUGUAGAGCAGAGUGAACAUUUACAUGCAGGUAACUACCCAUCAGAGGUCAAUGACCCCAAGCACAUAGACUAUAAUUCUAAAUAUUUGAACUCAGAAAUGGAUGUUUCUGGAAGCAGUACUCAUGAUGUAUUGAAAAGUAAGAAUUUAAAUGCCGGUAAGCACCCAUCAGAUGUCAACCCCAAGCACAUAGAUUCUAAUUCCAAAUAUAUGAACUCUAAAAUCGAUGUUGCUGGAAGAAUUUCUAACGAUUCAGAAUUGAAAAAAGAGGCCCAAGACUAUAAUGCUUUUGGAAAUAUUUCAGAAAGAUUGCCAAACCUUUCGGAUGUUGAUGCAUCAGCCAAUCAGAAAUGUUUAAGUAAUUCUGAAAAUGUUUCGACUGAAAUUCCUCAGGAAUCUGUAUUUAGUCAAUCUUUGGAACGUCAUUUGAAAGUUCCUGGAGAUGAAAAUAAGGAGUUGCAUACUGAUCAAAGUAAUGUUGACAUGAUUGUAUCCCAGGAUUCCAAUUCUUCUCAAAAUGAUGUAAGCAACCAGGAUUUGAGCUCAGGAACAAACCAUUCCAACUCAGACAUUACAGACUCUGAAAAUGGAGAUUUGACUUACAAAAGAAAAGGCAAGCGAAAAAGUUGGCAUGUUGAUUCAGAUAACAGUCAGAUUGAAGCAGAAAAACCUAGCAAAGGGAGGAGGAGAAGUAGCAGAAUCAAGUCUUUAGAAGUAAAAAGGAAAGAAUCACCCAAAACUGUAAUGGAAGAAUCCAACAAAGUGAAGAAUGAUUCAAAACAUAGUUCUACAGAACAUUCUCCAGUGCAUGAAACUACAGAAAAUAUUGAGACAGUUAAAGUUAAAAAUCAUGCAUUCACUCAAGAAGAUUUACAACAAAAACAAGAAAUUACUAUGACUUCUGAAGUCAGUCACAUUCCAUCAAAACAAACAGAGCCCCAAACUUGUAUUAUGGGAAAAGAGCAGAGUCAAAGUUCAAAUAUUAGCAGGCAAUACCAUGCUGAUCCUAAUUUUGAUAGGGAGGAUAAGACACAUGAUGGAGAGGAGAAAGUGUUUGAGUUAUUACCAAAUGGAAGCAAAUGCUCUGAGAACAAAGAUAUAGUUGCUGUUGGUAAUCUGGAUAUAAAAAAUCUUAAAGAAAACAGUGUUGAAGAUUUGUCUGUGGAUGAUAAUUGUAAGAUUAAAGUUGAUCUCCUAGGCCCAGGCUUGGUUACUGUUAGUGAGGCAGAGAAAAUCAGUGCUUCAGGGCAGAGUGGUGGUAGUUCCACCUAUGAACAUUCUGAAAAGAAGCAUAGAGUAAAAGAAAUCCCAGAUUAUAAGACUAUGGGCAUCUUAGAGGAACAAGACAUCCCAUCAUUUGACAGUAUUAUGGAAAAUAUUUAUUUAACAGAAAGGAAACGAUCAAAAGCAAGUAAAGAUGCCCGACGUAUGCUAUGCGAAUGCACAACGUCAUCUGAAGAACGGCGGAGAGGGAUGCCAGCCUGCGGUGAAGACUGCCUUAAUCGGCUGUUGAUGAUUGAAUGCUCUUCAAGAUGUCCUUGUGGAGAUUAUUGUACGAACAAACGUUUCCAACGACAUGAAUAUGCAAAGGUCGGUGUUUUCUAUAGUAAAGAAAAAGGGCACGGUGUGAAAGCAUUGACUAACAUCAGAGAAGGUACAUUUGUAAUGGAGUAUUGUGGGGAGGUACUAAAUUUCCAUGAAUUCCAGCAGAGGGUGAAACAAUACAACAAAGCAAAGCAACACCACUUUUACUUCAUGGCUCUCAAGACCGAUGAGAUUAUUGAUGCUACAAAACGUGGGAACACCUCGAGAUUCAUCAACCAUAGUUGUGCUCCAAACUGUGAAACACAAAAGUGGACUGUUAACGGGGCAUUACGAGUAGGGUUCUUCACAAGCAAACCUCUGAAAAUGGGAGAAGAACUUACAUUUGAUUACCAAUUUGAAGUAUAUGGCGAGGAAGCGCAGAAAUGUUACUGUGGUGCUGAUACAUGCCGUGGAUUCAUUGGUAAAAGAAAACCACAACCUAAAGGUCGUGGUGAAAGCUCAACACCACGAAGAAGAAGCACUCAAGAAAGACGCAAGAAAGAAAGCUUUGAGGAUAUCUCGCUGGAUGAAGAGAUUGAAGCCAUGUGUUGUGAUAUACAAAAUGAUGGUCUCCAAAAACCAGAUGAUGCCCUCAGACUUUCAAGAUUUAUGGUUCGAGCAGAAACAAGUAGUCAAAGACUGAAACUUCUACAAGUGUUACAGGAUACCAAGAAGCCAGACUGCCUCAAAUACUUUCUGACACAUCAUGGACUAGCUCUUAUAUGGAGCUGGAUGGUUGAUCUGGGAGAAAACAGAGAGGAACUUCAAAUCCAGAUAUUGGCAACUCUAGACAUUUUACCAAUUCCGCAUAAAAACAUGUUGGAAGACAGUAAAGUGAAGUCUGUGGUAAAUAAGUGGGCGCAAGAGGUAGCAUUAGCUGCCAAGUCUUCUGAACCUGAAGUAGAGUACUCUAGUGCCAGUGAGACUCCUUCUAGAUCAGCAACCCCUUCUAUUACAACCAGUCAGAACACUUCAAAUAAUGUGCCAGCAAAGGAAGAGGCUGUGCCUUCCGACGUGAUCAUAAUUGAUGAAAAUGAAGAUGAUAUCCACACUCCAGUCAGAGAAAAAUUGGACAUGGUUGAUGAAGGAGUCGCGACACCUAAGACUGCCAAGGAAAGUAGCGAACCACCAAAAAAGAAACUACUUAGACACUUACAAAAUGAAGGUGUGUUGCCAGUUUCACAAUUGUUUGUGGCAUCUAAAGAAAAGGAUAAAGAUGAAAACAGUACUGAAAGUGGCAGUAAGGAUGAGUUGAAAGUAGGGGAUGAGAUAUGUGAAGCACAGCAGAAAGAAAAUAAUGGAAAGACAGAGAACACUGAAAGUAAACUUAAAACUGAAACCAAAGAGGGCAGUAUUUCAACUGCUGAAUCUGAAACUAAAUUAUCCAUAGCCAAAGCAGCAGCAUCCCUUCUAGAAUCUUGGAGCACUCUCAAAGAGAUCUACAUCAUCCCUAAAUUGGACAAAGAUAAAGAAAAAGAUAGAGAUAGGAAAGACCGUGACAGGUAUCAUGAGAGAGAUCGCAGUGAUCGCGACAGGGAUCGUAAUAGAGACCGUGAUCAUGAUAGAUACCGAGAGAGGAGUAGGGAACGGGAGAGAAGUAGGUAUGACAGGGACUAUGACAGGUAUCGGGAUCGCGACAGGAGAGACCGGAGAAGGGACUACGGAACCAGCAGAAAGAGGUCACGAUCGCACAGUAGGGAACGUGAUGACAGAAAGGAAAGCGAAAGCAAGACACUUCCCAAGCUACGCAAACCAUGGAAAGAUCAAUUUGCAGAAGAACCUGAAAGAAAACGAGCCAAAGAAAUUAGCAAACAGGAAAGGCGUCAGGCAUUUGAAAGGGAGAUGGAAGAACAGAUCCUGAAAAAAGAGGAAGAAAAGAAGUUAAAAGAAGAAAUGAUGCAGCAACAGAUGAUGGACCCUUAUUAUGAAGAUGAGAUGGUGUUUCCUCAGUUUGUUGAUGGCAGUGGAUAUCCAAUACCUGCACAUUAUACAGUGGAUUGUAAUGAGAUGCCAUAUCCAAUGCCAUUCCCAGAACAAGGAGAACCGGGUAUGCUUCCUCCUGGAAUUCCUCAAGAUGGAAUGAUGCAUGUGGAUGGGAAUGAUCCAAAUGCAAUGAUGUACCAUGUGGAUGAAAACGGUGUACCAGUGCAGAUGCAAAUGUCAUAUGGCGUGCCCCACAGGCAAGGACUACUGCCAACGCCUCCCCCUACCCAAGGAAUGAUGCCACAAGACCAGAUACCACCACAUGGUUGGGAACCACCCAUAUUUUCACAUCAGCCACCUAUCAUUCAAGAUCAUAUGUUACCACCACCUGGAAUUCCAGAGCACAUGGUUCAACCUGGUAUUCCUGAUCAUAUGGUACCACCGGGUAUUCAAGAUCAUAUGGUAGCUGAGAACAUCCAACCUUCUGCUCCCUGGGAGUCAAAUCCUAACCUACCACAGGGACCAAGUAUGCAACCCCAAGCAGCCGGGGGUGGAGGCAGUGGUGGUGGUUACGUCACGAGACAACAAGCUCCAGUCCUAACUCAGCAAGCACCCUCACAAGCACAGACCACUACAUUCAUCACGCAUGAUGGGAUGCUGAUCACACAGACGAUCACGCCUCUUGCUGACCCUAACGUCCAUCAGCAACUUCAGAGCCAAAUUAUCAACCAAAAUCUAACACCAGUUGCAGUCAACUCGCAGACAUCUUCCACUUCCAUUUCUUCGAUCCAAACUGUAGUACCGACAGUGGAGGACAUACCAUCCCCUCCAAAACCCCCUCCCAAUAAACUUCCACCAAAUUGGAAGACAGCCACAGACUCUGAAGGAAAGGUGUACUAUUAUCAUGCUCUCACCAGGCAAACUCAGUGGGACCCACCCUCAUGGGAUGGGAACGAUGCCAUCCCAGGGGAUGAUGAAGUAGAGAUGGAUCUGGGAACACCAACUUACGAUGAGAGAAAACACAGAAGAACGACGACGGCAGCAGCAGACACGUCGAGCGAGACCGCCAAGAAGUGUAAAGAUCAUUUUAGAUCUAAGAUGUCUGGUUAUGUUGUAACAGUAUUGAACACCUACAGGAAACCAGAUUGUAAAAUUGGACGAAUCACAAACACUGAAGAUUUUAAGCACUUGGCUAGAAAGUUAACUCACGGUAUUAUGGCCAAGGAGCUAAAGCAUUGUAAAAACAUGGAGGAUUUGGAAGUCAAUUCAAAUGUUAAACAUAAAGCCAAAGAAUACAUCCGGAAAUAUAUGGGACGGUAUGGAUCCCUGUACCGGAAAGAACCAGAUUAAUCCUACAACUGGGUAGCUGCAUAGGGAAAGUGAGGGAGAGAGUCAUCGGACUUUUAAUGGAGAUAUCAUAUAUCCUAAGAUUCUGAUUUUAUGUGUAUAGUGUUAGUUUGGGAGUUUGUGUGCCCUACACAAUCUAUUGAUCAAUAUGAAGCAACUGUUAAGAUACCAAAUGCCUAUAUUUACCUGAAAUUGAAAAUAAAGUUAAUGUUAAUAAUGUUGAUAAUUGUACAAUCACAUGAAUUACAGUUAGCAGAAAAUGAAUUUUUGGGUUUUCGAGUUGUAAUGUAUGUAAACCAUGAAAUCCUCAAUGAAUUAUAGAAAAUCAUACUGAAUUCUGAGAAAACUCAUAAAAGUUGCAAACCAGUGAUUUUGUUAUAUAUUAAUUUUUAAAAUAAAAGUUGUUGAUG